AUGAGUUUGUUGCUGAAGCGACGUUCGCGCAGCGAGACGCGCGCUCAGCCCGUCGCGGUGCAAAGCAAACAGGAGUUGUCCAAAAAGCAGCCGCAUCAGCAGCACCAGCUGGCGUCCAGCGUGGAAAGGGACAGAGAAACGACUAUGCCGCGUCUGGGUCUGGCUGGCCCAGGCGCUGGCAUGGGCAGGCGCAAGACAUCCGCAGAGCUCAUCAGCGAGGCGAAACUCUAUCUGGGCGACCUGUCCACGGCAACGGCAACAAUGACAGCUGCUGGCGGCGCACGCUUGGUAAGCACGCGUCGACCCAUAACGCCACGUGAGCCGGGACGUGUGCUCUACGGCAAGGUGGCAUUGGCCGGCCGUCCGCCCAGCGCCUUCUCCAUGCGAUAUCUGCAGAAUGAGAAGCCGGCGCCACCUCGUCAAUUGCCAGCGCUGCCGGGCGCUGCGGCACAGUUAACUCCAGCAGCAGCCACAAUGCACCCAAUGCAGCCCGCACGCAAUGGCGCCCUGCUUGGCCAGUGCAGCUCGGAGAUGCUCAUCGAGAUGCUGAAGCAACAUGCUGGUCUCAAGGAUUGCAGCGCCGAGACAGUGCAGCACAUCAAUGCGAUUCUGCUGGAGCUAUAUACGCGGGUGCACAAACAGGAGCGCAACUUCAAGCGCGCCUUUAUCCUGGGCGGACUCUAUGGCCUGGUCGAGUGCACGGCGCCACGUAUCCUUUUGGCUGUGGCACGUGUCGUUCUGGCGUUACGCGUAACGGGCAGCAAUUUAACCGGCGCCUGCAAGCUAAUCUUCAAGGUGGCUCGCCACGAGCAGCACGACGGACUGUUCCAUGAGAACGAUGUGCUGGAGCUGCUGAUCGAUGGCUUGGGCCAUGCUUCGCCGCUGGACGAUCCGGAGGCCUGCAUUUAUGCCUAUGGCUGCAUACGAUUUCUCACCGCGAGCAGCGCCCAGGAGCGCGACGAUGCGCUCAAUCGCAACUGGGCCGCCGGCUUCGAAGAGCUGCUGCCCCCAACAAUCGCAGCAGCCACAGUCCUAACAACAACAGAAACAAGAACAACGACCCUGCAAGAUUCACGCAAGCUAAAUGGCCAACAGACACUGGUGUCCCGCCUGGCACGUCACGGCGCUGUGGAGCUGAUGAUACUCCAUUUACAGAUGUUGAACGAGGCGGGCGCCACGCGACGCCUCAGCGGCCCGCCGCUGCACACCCUCUACCAACUGUCGGCAGCACUGCGCGCUCUAGCGGAUGUGGCCCAGCAGCAGCAGCGACUGCAACUGCAAUUGCAGCUGGCGUGCCCGCAUCUGAUACGCGCCGCCGAGGUCUCCAUGGGCGAACUGGAGGUGCAGGCCAAUGUGGUGCGCACACUGAGCGUGCUGUCGGAAGAUCUGGAAUGCUGUGAGACACUGCAUAACUAUGCAGCCCGCAUUGGUCUGCUGCUCGGACCCUACUCCAAGGGCGGCCAGUGCAGUGAGCGGCUCUUGGCCGUGCUCAGCCGGCUGGGCUAUAUGCUGGGCAAUAUCUUGGCCAAGCAUGAAUCCGCGCGCGUUCAGUACUAUCAAAACGAUGUGGCCAUGGAGUAUCUGCUGAAUGUGCUGCAGCAGCUAAGCGAACGACCGCUGGGCAGCGAGGCGCUGCUGGAUGCCCAAAUCAAGCUGAUACGUGUAGUGGCCAACAUGAGCGUCAAUGCGGAUGUCGGCGCUGGGCUGGGCAAUGUGCAUGGUCUGGGCGCUGUGCUGUUCCGCCUGCUGCAGAAUGCAGCUGUGGCGCUGGAUAGAUCAUCAACAACUACUGAAUCCGCACAACCGCAGGCUGAGCUGCUGGAGCUGCUGCAUGCAACGCUCGGUGCACUUCACAAUUUAUGCUUCUACCAGGACAACCAAACGGCAACGGCAACAACAACAACAACAGAAACGACAGAAACGACAACAACCACGAUACCGUCACCCGGUUCGCUGCAGAGUCUGAUUGCCGAGCUGUCGACGGCCCUGGCAGGCACCUUGAAGCGGUGUCAGGGUCAGUAUGUGUCCACCAAGGUGGAGCUGGCCCGCGUGCUGGGCAAUUUGACGCGCAACGAGCUGGCGCGACGCCGUUUCUGCGCCGCCGGCGGUUUGCCCUUGAUGGUGCAGCAACUGACGCGGCAGGCGAACGGCCAGGAUUACGAGCUGCGCACCUGUGCCAUCGGAGUGCUGGUCAAUUUGUUGGGCGAUGGCGAGCAACGGGCACCAUUUUUGCAGCUGCGCGGCGCUGAGCUGCUGGCGCUGCUAUUGCGCGGCGCACUGGAGCAGGAGGAUUGGUUUCUGGCCAACAUUGUGUGCCAGGCGAUGUGGAAUCUUCUGAUCGAUGCCCAAUGCGCGACGGCCCUAUGCCAAAGUGGCAGCAUACUCGAUGAGGUCAGCGAUCUGCUGGCAGAUUACUUGGAUGAAGAGCGUCCGAUUGUCGGCGACGAGGCCAACGAGGAUGAGGUCGAACCAGGCAAGAAUAAAGAGCCGGAGCUCGAUUUGGAAUCGGAGCCGGAUGCAUUGUGGGAGGACUUUGCGCUGGUGGCUACCGAUUUGUUAGAGCGGAUACAAAACAAUUUCGAUAAGCAGCAACAGCGACAGGCGACGCACAUCGAUAUCGAUGACGGGAACGAUAAUGAAGAUGUGUUUAUCGAAAAAUUGUAA